UCAAAUUAAUUAUAUCGGUGGAAUCCUGAAUCGGGGAUGUGUACUUGACGAUGCCGACCUGGGCAUUGCCAUCAACAAAUAGCUAUUACAGGCACGCAUUGCUGCGCGACAUAUAUCGCAAUCAUGGCACCAAUGACCCUGAGAAACUUCGGGAAUGGUACCUCCGCUAUUUGCUGGAGACUGAGGAGCUGAACACAUGUGUAUCUUAUGCCACACCUGUUGAAGAUGUUACCAAACGUCAACUGCAAGACAUGGCGGCCUUGGUUCAUGUAGGUAACUCCAGCAUCACCGCGCGCAUUUCAGCACUUCACGGCUCGUCAGGCUUGUGUAAUUCUGGUUUGUAUUCUUUACCGUACGAAUCAAGCAUCUACUUAAACAGCGUCAAGGGAUACCGUAGCCUGCAAGGGUUCCCAUUCAUGACAUUCCAUGACAUGUUACAGUAUGAAAUAGUCAACGGCAUGUGUACGAUGUACACGUGGGACCGCAGACAAUCUAUUCUGUUGAAGCCUACUGGAGAGAGCAAUGGCGGUAUCGAGGGCUUAGAAGUCACCGCACAGCCCUACGAGGAUCGUAUACAAGUGAUUACUGAUAUAUUGUUCAAGGUAUACCCUUCAUGCCUCUUCUAUCCAAGCCUUGGCUUUUCUCGUCAAGAGAUCUUGAAGGCAGACGACGACGAUGAGGAGUACGGUACUGACCCUGCCAACCCAUUUGUCAAACUGAAGGUGCAUAUACAAAAUCGCCGUCGUUUUAAACGUCCUAUUAGUUAUCUCUGGGAACGCCCAAAGACUGCAUACAGUUCCACAUACGAUUUUUCCAACGGCUACUUUAUGCCAUAUACUCCAGAUGGUGAAGACAUCGAUUACCGCAGGCGUGGUGCGAAUCAAUACUUGUACCGAAAUUGGAAGCAGAUGACUUGGCGAGAUGGUCACAUUACUGAACUGAGAUCUGCUGGUAACCUCAUGUACGUGCGCAGUGUUAACGGUAUAUACAUUGGCAAAUACCAGGAGGGAAACGAACCUGUGGUCGAGACUCUAAAUAACCUGCAUUAUGAAGAACGCGAUAGAGUGCACUUUAUGCAUCCAAAUCCGUUUAUAUACUCCGAGUGUGCCAUGUUAUGUGGGAACUCCCUAUUACUUUAUGACGCCACGACGGCUAUAGAAUCCAAUCACUAUGCCCUAAAGCUCGGUGACAGUGAGGGUGAGGACAUCAAAGAUAUCAGUCAAACCAUUUGCUAUGGUAUGAACAUGCAUACUUUGAUCUUGGGAGGUGAACGUUUGUACACCUUCGACUUCCGUGUAGGUAAGCCAGAGGACCUUUUCCUGAAAGUGGAUAAGGAGAUUCGUGUAAACUCAACGAGGCAGUCUGAACGUGUAUGCGACAACUUAAAGCUUCAGGUACAUCAGAUGGCUAGUUACACUUGUGGUUUCAACAACUACUGGAAAUCAGUCCGUCCUUCAUUUUGGAGUGCGUUUACUGCCAUUAGCGCUCAUCCAUUAUAUCGCAACAUCAUCGCAACUGUCUAUUGCUUGAACGAUUGUAUAUACAUUUGGGAUUUGCGCGCGCCCAUUAAGCCGCUGCUGGAGAUACCGCUGUCCUCCACGGAGAACCUCGGUGCCAGGUAUAGGGAAUUAAGGUGGUCCGUCAAUGAAGAUGGCAGUGGGUCCGUCUUAUUAGCAUUCUGCUGGCGCCACAAGCACCCACUAGCGUGCUCAUUCCGCAUAAAUAAUGCCAUUACCCACUUUGAACCAGCUGAACCUCAGGAUGAUGAGCGGCAAUACUGGAACAACUGGGUGCAAGAAUCCAACAAUGAUACCACGAAUGUGUCAUCCUACUGGGAUAUAAAUUCUCAAUCAUCGGAUUCUUCAAGUACCACUGAUGACGAUGAAUCCACUGGAGAUACGCCACCUAUAGAGCGGGUGGGUCCCUUACCCAGGAAAUGUGAGUCCAAUGAGGAACAAGACUUAUCUUCAGACUCUGAUAACUCGUCGUCCUCCGAAGGCACAAUACAACGUGAAGCUAAGACAUACAUCCAAAGAGACAAUCAGGAAAGCCAAAGUCUUGCAGGGUUGAAUACAGAGACAUUAUUUCAUAAGCACAGUUUGUUAAGGGACUUUGCCAGCGGUAAGGUGUUUGAAGAUGUUAUUGAAAUUGAACUCAAGCAUUGUAUACCAUUGCAACUGACACGAAUCAGCAAAGAACAUGUGGAUAAAGCUGUGGAUUCAGUAGGUCCGCUUAUAGAACGACCUGAGGAUUACGCUGCAAUGCCAAUUAAGACCACGCAAAAGGAAUUGCUAUUACCCAUAUUCCAUGGAUACGCAGGUAUAACAACUCUAGAAUCAGGGCAAUGUCAAGUUGUCAUUGCGUGUACCAGCAGUGGUUCAUUGUUUGCCAUGGAUCUGUCCUUGUCCAAAAGGAUUGAAUGCCUGAAACCAAGUCGCUCUUUUGAUUUUGUUCAGCGUAAAUCUAGGGGUAGCGAGUUGUUCAAGUAUAUCAAGUCCAGUUCUGGGUCACUGUUCAUUCCACAGGGGUUUAUUACUGGCGAAACCGAUAGGGUCAUACCAGCUUCCAAUGUCUCCCUAUGCUCCAAGCCACAGUAUCCAAUAAUCAUUAUAUGCCUAAACAAAACAUUUGUAGACGUUCAGGAGGCAGAGUGUCUACCACUCUCUGCUGAUAAGAACAGGUUCGACUCAGAAGCCAUACUUAGGCGUCUGUUAUCCCAAAAGUACGAUGGUUUCGAUGAAGGGGGUAGUGACGAUAUCAUGUCACUGCACCGCUUUGAGCGAACUGUAGGCUCCAGGGAGAAGUUGGAGGACUUGGCCGUUAAUGUCUGGGACACUGCUGAGUUUAAGAUGGAUUUUGAAUAUGAUACUUCUAACGUGAACAAUCACUUUUUGGACCCUACUCCAGAAUGCCAUUGCUUUGUCCAGGAUAACCCAAACACACAAAUAAAGGCUUUAUCAGCAUACUUAAACGCUUUAAAACUAGAUCCCGAUGGUGCUGUAACUGUGGGACCAGUGGAAAAUAUUGACAAUAUCCCUACCGAAAAGGAAAAUACGUUGUUUGAAUAUCUCUCUCAAGCUUGCAAGUCUGGUCUAGAGUCCGGUGUCCCAAUAGAGAUUCCACAAGGGAAAGUACACUCUAAGGAGAUUGUCGAAUCACUACUGUUCCACUCCCCAGUGCUACCUAAAGUAAAGAACAAUGAUGAAGUCCCUAGUAAACGUGAUGGAGUUCACAAGCAUUAUUGUGGCGUCAACCAUUUGGUUGGCAUAAAGUUGCGUAAGGAGAAUGAUAUCGACUUGGGUGACCGUAUACAAUCGCUACUGGACACGUGGCGUACUACGGCUGAUGACGGUGGAGAGCCUGGCAGCGGCGGGAUGUAUCGUUUCCACACUCCUCCUGACCAAAUUGCCGUCUUGAGGAACGAACAGCUUGAACGUGACCGUUUGGUAGAGCAUUUGCUUUCACAGGGUGAAUCCAGCCAAACCAGUUAGUACACUGACCCACUCCUUAUUCGCAUGGGUCACUAUGUGCACUCGUGCUAUAGAAUUGUCACAGUAACGUAACCGGCUUA